AGAUCAUGGCAUCGACACCUUCCAUACUAAGAUGAAUGGAUUCGCGGAUACCGUUUUGAUGGCUGACAUCUACAGAGAUUUUGAAAGACACGAGAAACUCCGUCGUCAUAAGGGCCCCCAGAUUGCUACUUAUGCCGCGAUUCAGACCAAUACCACUUGCAUACGGGGUAAAGGCAAAACAGGCCGCGGAGGCAAUUAAACAAGAGACUCAGACGUCCCCGGGCACGCCUAGCGACGCCGAUUCGAAUGCCAACGUUAUCUGGUGCCCGUUUCAUCAAAAAGUGGAUUCCCACUUCCCCUCAACCUGCUCGCUUCGCAACCAGGAUCCCAAGUCGGCGCGCGGCUCCGGCAACCGCGGCCGCGGCUGUGGCGGCAGUAAUCGCGACCGAGGCGGUCUUUCACACGCCAACAACACUACUGUCGACGAAUCCGAGGCCGAUGAUUCGGAGGCGUUGGUCCCUGUCCCUUCCGGAGGGUCCUCAAAUGCUGCUUUCAUUUGUUUUGACUCCUUAAACGCGUUUGCUAUAGACAUAUUCUACGAUACUGUGCAAUUCGCUAGCGGGGUUGUCCCACCACCUCACAUUCUCCCUAGACUACUUCGUCACCUUUACAACAUGCAGACUGCCUGUCAGAUCCGCUACGAAUCAAGUCUCUUCCCCUACCGGCUACGAUGACGUCCUACUCAACCUCACCGAUAUGGCCGGCAACCGCCUCACAUCCUUACACUUAGAGAAGAUCUGGUUGGCACCCGAUCUUGCCCACGAUCUCAUUUCGAUACGCGAGCUAGGAAACCACGACUUUUCGACUACGUUCAAGCCUGGUGGCUCUCUUGAAUUGGUUGAUAAGCGUGGCCACAUACUUGCCUAUGGCAGGCAAGCAUCGAGCCAAUACUAUCUAACCUUCCUCUGCUUCCUUCCCUACUACCACAGCGGUGGUCCCGACAAUCACUGCGAACGCUUCAUCUACCGCGAAGACUCCACAUGCAAUUUCCAUACAUCUUGCUCACCGUCAAGCAGCCUACGCCUCGGAAAGGAAGUUAAGGGAUAC